AUGGAAGAUUUGAGGAGAUGUUUGGAGAGACAAGAGCAAGAAACAAAUGAGAAAAGCCGUAGACGAGCUGAAAGGCAAAGGUUGCAAAAAGAAGAAGAUGAACAAGUUGUCAUAACAGUAGCUUUGCUAGAUGAAGAGAACCAAGGUCGCCGUCGUGGUUCACAAUGUGAUGUUGCUGGGGUUUUGGGACUUCUUCCGGAGCAAAAAGUUACAACUGUUAUACGAAUGUUAGCGUAUGAUUUAUCUGUUGAUCAGGUGGAUGAGAUUGCCCGGAUGGGGAAGUCCACUACGUUGGAGGCCUUGGUAAGAUUUUGUGAUGCAGUUGAAACUCUGUACACUAGGGACUACCUGCGCAGACCAACUCCCAGGGACCUCCAACAGCUUCUACAAAAAGUCGAAGCUCGAGAAUUUCUAGAAAUGAUUGGUAGCAUCUACUGCAUGCACUUGCAAUGGAAGAAUUGCUCAACUGCCUGGCAAGGAGAUUACGAGAAUAGAAAAGGCCAAAAAAGUAUCAUCCUUGAAGCCGUUGUUGGUUUCGACACAUGGGUUUGGCAUGCCUUAUUCGGAGUUGCAGGAUCCCAAAAUGACCUCAACGUGCUGGGUCAAUUCUCGGUCUUCAACGAUGUUUCGAUAGGUGCAGGCCCGAAUAUCACCUAUCAAAUCAACAAUACAGUGUACCAGAUGUGGUAUUACUAUUAUCUAGCUAACGGCAUCUACCUAAGGUGGACCACAUUUAUCAAAUCCAUUCCAAAUUCCCGAUCCCAGAAGCAAAAAUUAUUUGCUUCAUAUCAAGAAUGA